AUGAAAACCGUUAUUAUCUUCUUAGUCAUCGUUAUCGUAUCUACUCUCAUAAGCACCAUCGAUGCCAAUGAUCGUCAAACAUUUUCAGCAUACUUAUCCGAAGAUCGGCUUUUGGAUUCGUUAAUAGAAAUGAAAUGGCGUGAAUAUUUAUUGAAGAAGUACAAACAAUUGAAAGACGACUCACCCAAAUUCAAAACCAAUCGGUUUCAGCAAGAAAGUAAUGAAGAAAACCGAGGACGAACAUUCGUUCGUCGAAAAUUAGUUGGCAUCAGCGACAAUCCAUUUUAA